UUUGUGCGUCCAUUGUCAUGUGGGUGUCAAAAAUGACUCGGAGACUUUUGACUUUGGUGCUGGGGGUGAUGAUUUGUCGCAGAAUGGGUGGCGGUGUCCAUGUCCAUGUCAGGGCUAGAGGAAAAGUUUACUAUAACAACACAAAAUGAUGAUAAAGAAAAAAUUGCUACUAAAUAUCAAUUUUAUAAUCAACAAUUCGAAACUGAGAAGCCCCAACAGGAAAGGAUCAAAGUUCAUUCACCGUGUUUUCAUCCCACAACCUCAUUUACGCCGCGUUUGUAGAAAAAUGUCCCUACUUUCCAAAUAAAAGCCUCAUUCAUUGAUCAGGUUAUUUAUUAAUGGACAAUCGCAGAUGUUCCCAUGCGUGUGAAGGUUUUCGUAUCUUUGAACAUUGUUGAUCCCUGAGCUUCUCUCCAGAAGAGUCUUGUUGGCUCUCUAUAAAGUGGUGAAUGCGAUAAGAAAUUGAUAAUAUUCGUGAGAAAUCGCUGAUGAUGUAUUUAGUAUCUCGCUAUCUUGCAGACGCAGUUUAUAUCGAAUAAUUAUUGCAGCUCUUCUGCCAGGAAAAGGUCCCAACCUCCCCCUAAACGAUCACAAAAACACGGGAGCUAUCUCUCCGGGGGAUGGACUUUGACAGCGCAAUUAAACUGCUGCACAAAAUAACCCCCAACAGGGAAAUGCCUAUAAGUGCUGCCCGGGCAGCUGAAGGACCACGUCGCCCUGCGUUCACAUUACUGGCACCCCACUGGACAACUCCUAGACGUUUAAUGUAUGAAAGGUACUAGAGAAGACAUCAGGAAGAUGGCGGCAUUACAGGUGACCCUACUAAUCUGCAUGCUGUACCUGAACCCUGUACAUGCAGUGGACUGGAUGGCAAAUUACAUGGAUGGAAUGAUAGAACAAAUCUCUCGAUAUGGGCUGCAGCAAUUUCCAGAGAAGGCUGCAGGUCGAAUGAGCUACCACCGACAACUUGCCUGUCCUGACACCUCCCCCUCUCCUCUGACACCCACUACAGCCGACCGUGUCAAGCCCGCUGAUGUUAAAAUCGUAGCCGCCUUGGGAGACUCAUUAACGACAGCCAUUGGGGCCAACGCAACCAACGUCCUGCAGCUCCCAACCGAAUACCGACAGUUCUCUUGGAGUAUCGGAGGUUAUGGAAAUAUAUCUGAUGUCAUCACCCUGCCCAAUAUUUUGAAGAUUUUUAAUCCGGAUUUGGUUGGCUUUGCGAAGAGAAGCACCUUGACCUACCGACCGGCUGAGCUGGAGGCUACUGGACUCAACCUGGCCAAAACUGGAGCCAAUUCUUACUUAUUUCCGGAGCAGACCAGACAUUUGAUUGAUACCCUGAAAACUCUCCCGGGGAUAAACUACGAAGAGGAUUGGAAAGUCAUCACCAUAUUUAUUGGCGCCAAUGAUCUGUGCGACUAUUGCAAGAAUAAGACGCUGUUCUCGGUAGAAACUUUUAUCAGCAGUGUGACCGAGUCUCUGGAUAUGAUGCAGAAAGAGCUGCCGCGAUCCAUUGUCAAUGUGGUCCAGCUGCUCCAAAUCUACAAACUCCGUCAGGUCAAUGAUAACAGUCUGGGAUGUAUCCUUCAAAGGUCCUUCUGUGCCUGUGUGGUGAAACCAAAAGAAAAUUCUCCGGAGUUGUUGGAGGUCAUGGAUCAGAAUCGCCAGUUCCAGGAGAAGUUGGAAGAUCUGAUCGUGAAGUCGAGGAGAUAUGACGGGAAGAGGGACUUUGCUGUCGUUCUGCAGCCCUUUCUGCAGCACGUAGAGCCGGCCAUUGACCAGAGCGGUCAGAUUGACUAUUCGUUCUUCACUCCAGACUGUUUCCACCUGACCAUCAAGGGUCACGAGCAGAUGGCAAAGGCUCUGUGGAAUAACAUGCUGCAGCCGGUGGGGAAGAAGUCUCUGCUGGAAAGGUUUUCAGACGAUAUUGAGCCUCUGUGCCCGUCCGAGGAUCAUCCAUACAUCUAUACCAGGAAGCCAGAGGACACAGAGGGCAGAGGAGACACAGAGGAUGAAAGGAACGUAGAUGGGGCGUCCAGUGUCCCCGUCGGAUCCCGCCUACUGACUGCCCUGUGUCUGAUUACUCUCAUUGCCCUGCCUGGCGCCUCCAGCUGAUCCGGUGCAGGAGGAGGACAGAAUGACUGUGAUACAGGAUAAUAAUUAUAAGUCACUGGAUCGGACCUUAUUCUGGAUCUUAUUGUGUGGAAGAUAAUCAGGGACAAUUGUCCCACAAACUCUCAGAUCAGGAAUCUGUAAUAAAGAAAUAC